UGAUGAAAACCCUCCAGACUCUCUUUCUGUUAACGACUAGCCUGUCCAUCGUAAUGAUGGACCUGGACUACAGGGCGCUGUGGCAGUUCAGAAGUAUGAUCAUCUGCAUGAUUCCCAGCAGCUGGCCUCUGCUGGACUACGCAGACUACGGCUGUUACUGUGGAAAGGGAGGCACUGGGACACCCGUGGAUGACCUGGACAGGUGCUGCCAGACCCAUGAUGACUGCUACUCCCAAGCCAUGGAGCUUGAGGCCUGCUGGCCCAUUCUGGACAACCCGUAUACCGAGAGCUACUCGUACAGCUGUGACAACACAAACAAGAUCAUCACUUGCACAGGGAAGAAUAAUGCCUGCGAGAUGUUUAUUUGUGAAUGCGACAAGCAUGCAGCCAUGUGCUUUGCUGGAGCGGGCUACAACAAGGAGCACCAGAACAUGAACCAAGAGCUCUGCAAGUGAGCCAAGCAGCAGCUCCAUGUCAUCACAGCUUGUCUGUCAUCCCUGUCAGACCCUGAACACGGUGGCCGUGGGACCCUUGUACUCAGCCAGUGAGCGAGAAAGAAAUAAAUAUGCAAUGAUUCAUACUGAAAUACUAAUCUCAGAACCCUUUUAUGGGAAAGACGGUGGGCGUGGCACCCUGGCACUCAGCCAAUGAGCAACAAGGAAAUAAAUAUCCAAUGAUUCAUAAAGAAA